AUGAAUCCUAAAACCCUUCUCAAAACAGUUGGCGUCUUGCUCUUUGGCCAUGCCUGGGCCCAGUAUAUAGAGAUGGUCCCGGGGACAUACACGGACCAGGAGACCGGAAUCGACUUUGUAACCUGGUCGCCCCUGACCGGCGAGGGCGGCGUCGGGGGGUACACCUUUGGGAUAGCACUGCCAGAGGAUGCGCUAAAGACGGACUCCAAGGACGGCUACUACAUGCCGGCGCUCUACUCAGGCAACUCGACCGUCACGCAGAUCCGGUCCGCCGUCAACGACACCAACUACGAGCUCGUCUUCCGCUGCCAGGACUGCCUCUGGUGGAGCGAGGAGGGCUACGAGCCGGGCUCCCUGAGCACCAGCAACCCGGACCAGUACGCCACCCUGGGCUACGCGCAGUCCAAGGCGGCGCCGCAGCCGGCCGGGUGCCCCGGGAGGAUCGGCUUCACGUUCCACGACGACGGGUUCGCACAGUACUUUGCCGAGUACGCAGGGGCCGUCAGCCCCAAGUAUAAGGAAUGGGCUGCCUUGGCGACCAAGACCGUCACGGGCACAUGUUCCUAG